UACUCAUGGCUUCCCUUGCAAAACUCCCAUACCUCCUAUCUCUCCUCUUCCUCUCUUCAUCUCUCCUGGUCCAUGCUAGGGACAGCCAGUUCUUCAGCAAAACCACCCGAAAUCAAGAGUAUCCCGUCGCAGAAUCCGUCGAACCUCCCGUGACCCAGUCUCCGAAUGGCCAUGGCCUUUAUGGCCGUGGCAUUCCUGGCUCCGAUGACCCAUACUACAACUUCGAAAGGCCUAACUCUCAGGACUUCAAGGUCGACCACUCCGAAAAGAGGCCUGCCAAGACCACCAAUUCUGGCACUACCUUCCCGAGCUCCGACGAAACCAAAGAAGUAAACAAAGAUCGAGUGACCAAAGACCCUUACUACUACUAUGAUCAAGCCGCCUCUCAAAUCUCGGACCUCGAGCCCUCCCGAACCCAGCAAACCGAUCUCACGAAGACUGGCGAUAGCUACAGACUCGCCGGGAAGCAACCGGCAGAGUACAAGUACCCUAAAAGUAGCUUCCCAAGCUUAGAGGACAAGGAUCCAUUAGAGGAUGAGGAAUACACAAAGUAUGAGAGCAAGGAUCAAUCUGGAGAUAUUUUCAAGGAGUGGACUGGUAUGAGUGACACUAGGCACCAACAGCAUGGGCGAUAUCACUUUGAUAUCCAUGGGAAGAAUGAGCAUUACUACAAGCCUGAGCCCCAACGGGUGAGGGAAAGUAGAUAUGGGUCUGGCUAUGGUGCUAAAGGAGAAUAUGCUGAAGGAGACUUUGGUGAAGAGGAUUUUGAGGAAGAGAGAUUUGACUCUACUCAAAAGAACCAAGAGUAUGUGCCAUGAGUGAGCUUGGAGAUGGGCCUUUAGGGUUGAAGGAGGGUUUUCUUUUUUUUGGGUUUAAACAUUGGUCUUCUUCUAUAAAUUAUAAGUUGGUUUUAUAAUGUUGGGAUAUAAUAUUUUUUUCUUUUUUUCUGUUUUACUUCUCUUUUGAGGCGAUGAGGUAACAAUAAACCUUGCUCUAGCUCUUAGUACAAUGGAUGUCUAUUUAUUGUACUCAAUGGAUUUCUAUUUAAUGUACUCAAUAUUGGUGCAUAAACA